UUAUCCGUUAAGAUUAAUUUUAGUAUAGACUUAAGGUUCUUGAGCGAAGUGCGGCGACCUGGGCAAGCGUGCAAUACCGCAAUGUGUGGAGAGAUCCCAUAGAUACCGAAAAGAAGAGACGAAGAAGGGAAGAAUGAACCGAGGCUUCCUCAAAAACAGGUCACGUAUCGAGAUCCCGCGCCGCCGCUAGUCGUGUAUCAGAGCAAUAUUAAUUCCGAAAAUUUUCAGAAUAAUGACGGCAGAGAAUCAUGACGGACAACCUCCCAGGCUGCAGACUGGGAACGGAAGUAUUUCCGAAAACGGACGAGGAUACGGCCUAGCCAGCCUGCCGAGUCCGAGCUGAGAAGCCAAUACCGUUAAGGUAUCAUCUUCGUCGAAUUCUGAAUCCCUGCGAAAGGGCAAUCCGCCGUCCAGCAGCUCGAAUUUUGAAGAGGCGGAGUAUCGACCCCUUUUUCGACGAAAAUCGACGAGAUGCGCGGAAAAUCGGCGCGGGACUCGAGGACCUCGCGGAACCAUUCCGUUAUUGUCACUGUUUGGCAUUGAAAUAUAUACCAUACUGGAAGGCGCACAGGCUACCCCCUCCAUUCGACAAAACGGUCAGACAAGGCAGUGACUCGGUACCGGAUUUCUCUUUCUAUCUCGUCUACUCUCUUAGUUGAAAAUAUUCGCCUUGCGCACACAUAUAUACAUAUAGGACAAUUUGUUAUCUGUCAAGUAUGGGAAAAAUUUGUGGCCUAAAAAAUUGUUUAAACAGCAGCGAUAGCAGUAUGGAAUUUUCUUUUCACAGCUUUCCUAUGAAAGAUGAUAAAAAAUAUAAAAAAUGGAUAAUGUCUAUACCAAAAGAUUUGUUGGACUUGCCCCUAAAACAGCACACAUAUAUAUGUAGCAAGCAUUUUUCACAUGAUUCCUAUGUAUUACGAACAGCAAGAAAUGUAUUAUUCAAAGAUGCAAGUCCAUCAAUUUUUUAUGUAACAUCUAGCAAUGAUGCAGAUAAAGAGAAUAUUGAGGAUCUCUAGGAUCUUCUUCCAAUUUUAGACAUGCAUUCUGUCCGGAUUCUUAUUAUAAAAUACACAUACAU